UUUGAUUUUUACCAUCAUGUACAAGCUGAAACCGGUAGUCCGUGUUCCUCUGUUGAUUGAGAAUACAUCCCGCAUGUACAAGCUCAAAGACUUACAACAGAUGUCGUUCGACGAGGUGCCGAAGAGCGAAAAGUCUGACAAGGACAAACGGAAGCCCAAUGGUGGAAUCAAAGGAUUCUUCAAAUGAAAAAAAAAGUUUGAAAUAUUAAACGUCGUGUAGUGAAAAACCAAUUCUUAUCAACAAUGUUGCACACAUUGCAGGACAAUUUAGACGAAAUUGAAUUAUCUGACCAAGAAAUUCAAGUACUCUUAGAGAAACAGAAUGAAAUUCUCAAAACAUUAGAACAACUUGAACUUAGAUUAAAUAAAUUAGAUGUUAAAUUCCCUGAUUUAAAAGAAAGUUCACCCCUUCCAAAAAAACAACAACCAACUCAGUGUAAUCUACAUAUAAAACAUGAAAGCAAUUCAAAGUCUGUAAUCAAUAAUAGUAUUGAAAAUCUGAUAAAAAAUGAUACUGUAGUGUUUGCUGAUCCAGAAGACCCACCUUAUUCUCUAUUGGCUUUACCAAUCUUGUGGCCAACAGUUGCAUGGGAUAUUACUUAUCAUUUCCAUUCAUCUGUAUCAAAAAAUUUGAAGGUAUUAGAAACAAUUAAAGCAUUCAAGAAUGUGACUUGUAAAAAUUCAAAGAGCAUUGUCAAAGUCUUUGUAAUAUGGCAACACAUUAAGCCUAGCCCUAAAGUGGUCAGAUCUCCCACAAAUUCGUCUAUCGGUGAAGUAUCAUUGUUAAGGAUGUUCAAUCAAUAUCUGGCCAUUCUACCACUGACUGCUGCUGAUCAAAUAAAAUCUGACCAGACUUUAGAUUUAAUAAAUGAAAUUGAGUAUUCGGCAAAUGAACGAAGUUCAGAACUAUACAACCUGAUCAUAGAUUCGAAUACAAAAUUGGACAUUAUAAAUAUUGUUGUAUGGUCUUUGUUGUACAAAAAAAGUAAACACCCACCAAUGAUAGAAAAAUGGUUAUCACACUUUACAAAAAUUAUAAUUGUAUAAGAAAUUGUUAAUAAAAAUAAAAUAUUUAUGUACUUAAA